AUGGAGGCACAUAAAGAAAGGAAAGAGAAAGUAGAAAAAGAUAACACAACAAGAGGAAUAUCGGAGAAGAAGAUUAUUGAUAACCAAAUCAAUGAUGAUAGAUGUAAAAGGGAAUUAGAGUGUGACAAAGUGUCCAAAAGGAUUAUUUGUGACAGCAUAAUUUCAAAUGGUGAAAAAGCUCAAGAUCCUAAUGAUGUGUUGGCUUUCUCUCGAUCAGUUAAUAAUGUUGAUUCCUCACUCGAGUGA